AUGAUUAAAGAGUGGAAACGUGAUAUUGAAGCCCGACGAGACGAAACAAGAAACUAUUUAAUUUCAGGUGAAGAUACUCUGGAAGUACGAGAUGAUGAAAUACAGAUUGAAGUUGUAGGUGCUGAAAUUCCAACAAGCCCAAUUAAAACGAAAGCUACGAGAGUCCUACCUGUAACUGCAACCAAUUUGGUUUUAUUUCCCACAAAACAGGAUAUCGUCAAACAAUUUACACUAAAUACUCAGCAAAAAUAUGCUUUCAUGAUUAUAACUAGUCACUUAGAUGGCGAAAAUCAUGCUUAUACCGGUACUAUCGAUAAUCAGUUAUUAAUGUGCAUACCUGGUUGUGGUGGUACUGGAAAAUCUCAGUUAAUUCGUGCAAUUACCAAAGCUGUCUUAAACAAAACAAUGGAAAUGGGACUUACCCCAAUUGUAUGUAUUGCUCAAGAUUAUAUUCAAGGAAAAACUGUGGAUGAUUUACGAUUACGUCAAGCGAUACUUGAAUUACCUGAUAAUAAAACAGAACAUCUUCCAGGCUAUUUAUCUCUCGUACCAGGAAUGCCAGUUUUACUCACAGAAAACGUUGCUACUGAGCUCGGACUGUCUAACGGUACACGAGGAAUCUUUCUUCAACUUGUAUACAAUGAAUCACCAGAAGAUGUUCGAUACCAAGAUAAGAAUUUUCCAUUAAAUACCAAGUUUAUAACGCAACCAAAGUACGCUUUAGUAGAAUUUCCUGGUUGCAAGCUUGAUAACAAACUUGCUGAACUACAGUCCAAAAUAGUUCCUAUAGCUAUUAGUGAACAAACAUUCUUGUUUGACGCCAAAGAACUUCUUCCAGCAAAUGUAGCAAAAGCGGCUAAAAUUAACAAGAAAACAACAAAACUCACCGUCAAACGUAAAGCACUUCCACUUAUACCAGCAUAUAGCAUGACUACACAUAAAAGCCAAGGUCAAACACUCGGUAAAAUUAUCGUCGAUCUGGUGAUGCCGCCUGGUCCAAUUGAACUCGCAUCGGUUUAUGUUUCAUUAUCUCGUGUAAAGAGACUUGACGAUUUACUAAUCAUACGUCCAUUCGAAUUUGGAACACUUCAAGUUAAACCAUCAACGGCCCAAAUAGAAGAACUUAAAAGAUUAGAUAAAAUAGCACAAAAAACAUUUGAAGAAUUAAAAAUUAUAAUUGAUCAAAUGGCUAAACAAUGGAAAAUAUUUUCAAUAACUGAUCUUGUUUAUAAUCAUGUUGCAAAUGAUUGUCAAUUACUUAAAGAGCAUCCUGAAUGUGCUUAUAAUUUAAUAAAUUCUCCACAUUUAAAACCAGCUGUACUUAUUGAGUCAAUAUUAAUACAAUUUACUCGUGAUGCAAGUGAACGAAAACUUUUAUCAAAAGGUAUUUCUUGGUAA